AUGGGAUCAAUCGGACACCCGAAAGAUGUGGCGGUGGACCAUCCCCGCAACACGGCACGGCCGGUCGUCAGGACCCGAGCUGCUUCAAACCAGGCAGCGGCCGGAGUUGGGAGUUCUGCUGCGACCCUUUCACCUCCGGACGUGCUGGAAAUCAGGAGUGCUGGCUCUCCUUGGCUAUCGAAGAGCAAGGGCCUCGAAUCCAGGAGGUGGACUUGGACGCUAUGUACGUCCGCUGCUGCCACGCCGGCUCGGGUCGGAGCCGGUGAAGCUGACCUGACCCUGCCCAAAGUGGCAGCUGUCCUUUUCGAUGAGUUCCAUGAGCGAAGCCUUGGCAACGACCUUGCCUUGGCCCUGUGCCUGCACGCGCGGGAUGCAAGGCGGCGCGCAGAUCUCCCUCCACUUCGUCUGCUGGCCAUGAGCGCCACGCUGAGCCCACGCCUGGCUGAGAGUUUGGCCCAACGCCUCGGUUCCAGCGAGCCGGCGCCGAUCCUGCGCAGCGAGGGCAAGCAGCCGGCGUCCGAGGGGAGCGGUUAG